AUGCAGACGGUUGGAGAGAGUCAGAGGAAGAAGAGUGAGCCGGCAACAGUGAAGAAGAAGAAAACUCCAGGUGAGGAGAGAGAAAUUGAGUUUUGGAGAGAGCGAGGUACAGAAUUAUUGAAGAGAAGCAUAGUGGAAAUUGAGCCAGAAUUUGAUUUAUUUUUGUACACUGAUGCUUCGGCGCGAGGAAUAGGAGCGCGCUUGGAGAGAAGUGACGGCAGUGAAGAGAGCAACUUCAACUACGAGCCAGGCAGUGAUGCGGACAUCUUGAUGUGCCGAUGGAGACUCCGGACCAAAGGAAAGUGUCCAUACGUUUUUUCGCAUCUGGACGGCUCGAAGAAGCUCUCGAAACAAGCCAUUUCGACGCUCUCGACGAAGAUGCUGGCAGCGAUCGGGAAGCCGGGAGCGACUCAUCACUGCUUCAGAAGAGGAGGAGCCAACAACAUGAGGAGAAUCGGGCAUUCAAUGGAGGAAAUUCAAUGCAGAGGAAGAUGGAGAUCGGCGGCAGGACUUCAGCGGUAUCUCACUGAUGUUCCAAUAGCUCAAGGAUGUCUACAGUCUCAGGCAGAAUCAGAUGACGAAGAGAAAUAA